CCAGCGAAGUGCCGGCGCGGCCCCUGCCUGCGUCCUCCUUCCCGCGGCCCUCGGAGACCGCGCUCGGGCGCUGCAGAGCCGCGAGUUACAGAAUGUCCGAAGGCGACAGCGUCGGAGAGUCCGUCCACGGGAAGCCGUCUGUGGUGUACAGGUUCUUCACACGACUCGGACAGAUCUAUCAGUCCUGGCUGGACAAGUCGACGCCGUACACGGCCAUGCGGUGGGUGGUGACGCUGGGCCUGAGCUUCGUCUACAUGGUCCGAGUGUACCUGCUGCAGGGCUGGUACAUCGUGACCUACGCCUUGGGGAUCUACCACCUGAAUCUUUUCAUAGCUUUCCUCUCUCCAAAGGUGGACCCUUCCUUGAUGGAAGACUCAGACGACGGCCCCUCGCUACCCACGAGGCAGAAUGAGGAGUUCCGGCCGUUCAUCCGACGGCUCCCGGAGUUCAAAUUCUGGCACGCGGCCACCAAGGGCAUCCUGGUGGCCAUGGUCUGCACCUUCUUUGAGGCGUUCAACGUGCCUGUGUUCUGGCCCAUCCUGGUCAUGUACUUCAUCAUGCUCUUCUGUAUCACGAUGAAGAGGCAGAUCAAGCACAUGAUCAAGUACCGGUACAUCCCAUUCACGCACGGCAAGAGGACGUACAAGGGGAAGGAGGACGUGGGCAAGACGUUCUCCAGUUAGAGGGCCACCGGGCCACUGCUGGAGCCGAGUGGGUUUGAGCCGUUGUAACAGCGCCUUUCUUCACAUAAAGUAGUUGAUGAUGGAGUCGGAUUUUCUUUCUAAAAAGGAGCCUCAGUUAUUGUAACCAAAAUACCAGGUUCUCGAAGACACCGGCAUUUGAGCGGAAUUGCAUUGAUUUAUUUUUCAGUGACGCAGGUGUUGGAGUGGACAGACCAGCAGGGCACAGGCGACAGCCGAGGUGGGGCCGGGGCUUCGGGUCGGAAGGACCUUCUGAGGACGCCGUCGCCCUGUUGCCCGCUGGAGGCCGCGGCUGCCGGAGUCCUGCCCUGGAAGGAGCUCGGCGGUUCCCCCUGGGACACUGGGUCCUUGCCACGCUCCCCACCGGCACCUCGUGGAGGGGCCGUGGCCGCCUCUGCUCCGACAGGAAAUGGCUCGACUCCCCGGGCGCUCCGGGGCCCGGGGACCCAAAUACACAUUAUAUUUUCACUGUUGGAGGUCACUUUGACGCAUGUCUUUUGUGCAGAAAGACCCGACUCGGUCCGUGGCAGCGUGUGCUCACACGACAGCCCUCCCAGAGGGCAUGAGGGGGGCACAGCCCCGCCCCGGGGGCCCGACUCUGCCCCGCUUUCUGUGGGAGGCGCCGCCCUGCACGGUGACUUUUUCGAUGUGAAGACAAGCACUCACAAGCCUUUUACUGACUUUUUAAUUCAAACAAUUAAAGACGGUGUCCCCUUU